GGAAGUGACGUAGCGGGCGGUGGCGGUGCGGCGGAACGAGGCGGCGGCGCGGCCGGGCCGGGCCUGGGGCACCCCGGCACAGAUGGAGCCGUCGUCGCCGCCGUUCCUGCUGGCCAAGCUGACCCCGCUGCACUCGGAGCAGCUCCUGCAGGGCCUGAACCUGCUGCGGCAGCACCAGGAGCUGUGUGACAUCGUGCUGCGCGUGGGAGAGGCCAAGAUCCACGCUCACAAAGUGGUGCUGGCCAGCAUCAGCCCCUACUUCAAGGCCAUGUUCACGGGGAACCUGUCGGAGAAGGAGAACGCCGAGGUGGAGUUCCAGUGCGUGGACGAGGCGGCGCUGCAGGCCAUCGUGGAGUACGCCUACACGGGCACCGUGUUCAUCUCCCAGGACACCGUGGAGUCGCUGCUGCCCGCYGCCAACCUGCUGCAGGUCAAGCUGGUGGUUAAAGAGUGCUGCGCCUUCCUGGAGAGCCAGCUGGAACCGGGCAACUGCAUCGGCAUCUCGCGCUUCGCCGAGACCUACGGCUGCCACGAGCUCUACCUGGCUGCCAACAAGUUCAUCUGCCAGAACUUCGAGGACGUGUGCCAGACCGAGGAGUUCUUCGAGCUGACGCACUCGGAGCUGGACGAGAUCGUGUCCAACGACUGCCUGAACGUGGUGACGGAGGAGACGGUGUUCUACGCGCUGGAGUCGUGGAUCAAGUACGACGUGCAGGAGAGGCAGAAGUACCUGGCGCAGCUGCUGCACUGCGUGCGCCUGCCCCUGCUCAGCGUCAAGUUCCUGACGCGCCUCUACGAGGCCAAYCACCUCAUCCGGGAUGACCACACGUGCAAGCAUCUGCUCAACGAGGCCCUCAAGUAUCACUUCAUGCCAGAACACAGACUGUCCCACCAGAGCAUGCUGCUGACGCGGCCCCGCUGCGCCCCCAAAGUGCUGUGUGCUGUGGGGGGCAAGGCUGGACUGUUCGCC